UCUCUCUCUCUCUCUCUCACACACACAGCUGCAUAUAAACGCACACAGACACCACCACCUUCAUUUAUUUUUCACCCUUUCCAUUGCACAAUUUUAUACACAGAAUUCCAUCAUGGAGGACGAUCACAAACUAGAUAAACAAACACUGCAACUGCUGAGAAACAUCUCGAACCGACUUCGAGUCAAUUCCAUAAAGGCGACCACUGCAGCUGGCAGCGGGCAUCCAACAUCAUGUUGCAGUGCAGCAGAGAUCAUGUCUGUGCUCUUCUUCCACACCAUGAAAUACAAACCUGGUGACCCGCGUAAUCCCAACUAUGACCGCUUUGUUCUGUCAAAGGGUCAUGCUGCUCCAGUGCUUUAUGCUGCCUGGGCAGAAGCAGGUUUCCUCCAAGAGAGCGAGCUGCUUAACCUCCGAAAGAUUGACUCCAUCCUAGAAGGCCACCCAGUUCCAAAACAGCAAUUUGUGGAUGUGGCCACAGGAUCUCUUGGGCAAGGACUCGGUGCUGCAUGUGGAAUGGCCUAUACUGGAAAAUACUUUGACAAGGCGAGUUACCGAGUGUACUGCUUGCUGGGUGAUGGUGAACUGUCUGAGGGCUCGGUGUGGGAGGCCAUGGCCUUUGCUUCCUUCUAUCAGUUGAACAACUUGGUGGCCAUUCUGGACAUCAACCGCCUUGGCCAGAGUGAUCCCGCACCCCUACAGCACCAGAUGGAGAAGUACAAGAAACGCUGCGAGGGCUUUGGAUGGCAUGCUAUCAUUGUGGAUGGCCACAGUGUGGAGGAACUUUGUAAGGCUCUGUGUCAACCCCAUGACCAGCCCACUGUCAUUGUUGCCCAAACCUUAAAGGGCAAAGGCAUAUCAGCCACAGAGGAUAAGAUGGGUUGGCACGGUAAACCCCUGUCUAAGGACAUGGCUGAGAGUGUAAUAAAGGAGCUACAAAGUCAGAUUACAUGCAACAGCAAGCUUUCUCCUCUUACACCAACUGAAGAUGCACCUCCCGUCAGCCUGAAAAACAUCCACAUGCCCAGCGAACCCAGCUACAAACUCGGAGAGAAGAUCGCUACGAGGAAGGCGUAUGGACUGGCUCUUACGAAACUCGGUCGAGCCAACGAGCGUGUUGUUGUCAUGGACGCAGACACAAAGAAUUCCACCUUUUCCGAGCUCUUCAAAAAUGAAUUUCCUAACCGCUAUGUGGAGUGCUACAUCGCAGAGCAGAAUAUGGUGAGUGUAGCCGUGGGCUGUGCAGCUCGUGACCGCAACGUUGUUUUUGCCUCCACGUUUGCCACGUUCUUCACCCGAGCCUAUGACCAGCUGCGCAUGGCUGCCAUCUCAGAGAGCAACAUCAACCUCUGUGGCUCACACUGUGGCGUUUCCAUUGGAGAGGAUGGUCCCUCUCAGAUGGCGCUGGAAGACUUGGCUAUGUUCAGAGCCAUUCCCACUGCCACUGUGUUCUACCCGAGUGAUGGCGUAUCCACUGAGAAGGCAGUGGAGCUGGCUGCUAACACGAAGGGUAUUUGCUUCAUCCGAACCAGUCGCCCCGAAAAUCCUGUAAUCUACAACAGCAAUGAAGAGUUCCGUGUAGGCCAGGCGAAGGUUGUGUACAAGACCAGCAACGACCAGGUUACUGUGAUUGGAGCUGCUGUCACUCUGCAUGAGGCUCUUGAUGCAGCUGAGCAGCUGAAAAAAGAGGACAUCAACAUUCGAGUGAUUGACUUAUUCACUAUUAAACCUCUGGACUCGAAGACAAUUAUUGAAAAUGCCCGGGCCACAGGGGGUCGCAUCAUCACUGUAGAGGACCACUACUACGAAGGUGGUCUGGGAGAGGCUGUGUGUUCAGCGGUGGUGAACGAACACGACUUCACUGUGCAGCGCCUGGCUGUGUCUCACGUGCCACGCAGCGGGAAACCCAGAGAGCUUCUCAAACUCUUCAACAUCGACCGUGACGCCAUCGUUCAAGCCGUGAAGAAGAUAAUCAAUGACACGGCCAACAAAAAGUAACAAAGAACGAACGAAACACAUUUAGUAGCUGUAAGUCAUGGAAACUGGAUUUGUGUUCUAAACAUCAUCUUUUCUGUUGAAUGGUGUGACCUAACAAACCUCACUGAAGUUCACAGUACAUUAUUUUAAUCCGCUAGACAAUCUGGUGCUUUUUGCCACAAAACAUUGCAUACCGUCAGAAAAACAGGUGUUUGACUGACAUUUCAAAUCAGGGGCGCCGCCAGAAAUUUUGGGCCCCCCAACUUUGCCCACCCUCGUCACAAUUGCACUAUUGUCAUUAUUUGACUUUUGAUAGCCCAUGGACCUUGAGUUUGUGACUUUAUUACAUUUUAUGUAUUAACCUACCAGGGACUAGAUGAAAACUGGUCAGUGACUAAUUCUGGUGCAUUUACAAUCACAAAUGAAAAUUCAAGAUUUUGCCACAUGCCUUCUUGUGCUAGGACAAUUGGUAGUGAAAUGUGUGAUGUGACUGCUAAUAAAUCAUAGAAAAAGUUUAUUAGCAACACUUUAAUCUAGCAAACUGUAUAUGGCGCUCGCUCAUUAAAAACUUAAAUCCUAAAGCAUUUAUGGGUUGUAUUGCUGCUUACCUCCUUCUCCAAAGGGGGGUUCAGUGGUUUGGUAGGGUGGAGGUCCCCCUGAGGCUGAAUCUGUGCUUAUUUAGGGCACCCCAUUAGUUAUGAAACUGGUUAUUAGCACCAGCAUAACGUAAUAUUUCAUCUUGUUUAUCACACAAGUCAGUUCAGUUAUUAAAAUGGAAAAAAUGUCACUGUACAAACUGUAAAAGUGUUCUCUUGAUAGGCUAAUCCAACCACGUUCAUACUGUUCAUUUACCAUUCGCUAAUAUUUUGAACACACAUGUGAGCGAUAGCUACCUUUCUUUGGGAAAAACUGAGUGACCAGUUGCCUGCCUCUCCGGUCCCUUUCAGCUGCCUUUCUUUACGUUUUUGACAGCCACUCUUCAUAUUUAGCGAUCAUAGACUGUACGCACUCCACUGCUGGCUGCUGCACCGCGACACAGCAGCAAGUAGCGUUGCACUGAUCAGCACACAGAUUUAACGCAUCGCGCUUCUACCAGAACUGGACCGUACCAUUUCGCAAAAGGGGGAGGGUUAAAUGACAAUAUGUUGAAGAACUCAAGAAAUAGACAACCUUGUUCAAUUAGCUCAUUUUACUAGAUGGAAUAUUGCAUUGUUAUUUCAUUAAAAGCAUAUCAGCCCCUUAAAGGGCCCCAUGGCAGUGCUGGGCCCCUAGAAUUGUUCUAACCUUUCCCCCCCUGGCGGCGCCCAUGUUUCAAACAGCCGACCAUGUUUACUCUCCACUGUUUAAAAAAACAUCACAGAAAUGUAGGUUCAGUGACUAUCUCUUGGUCCAAAAUGCUCAUUGAGACAGUGUUUGAAAUUCAUAACCUCUCUAGAUAAAGUGCAGGUCACACCCUUGAAGAUUCUGAAGCCUGGGGCCAGAAAAGUUAUCAGGCGUUUAAGGCGUGAGUAGAGCAUCUGAGUAUGAGAUUAACGUUACACUGAAAUCUAUAGGUGUGAAUUUAUGGUUAAAAUGUCAGUUGCCAUGACUUACUACUACUAGACAUUCCAAAUCAAGUGGAUAACUUUUAAUAAACCUCCCCCCCCACACACACUUUUUUUUUUUACUGUGUGGUUUUUAUCCUUCAACACUGGGUUGAGUUUAACGGUAUGAAAUCUGAUUUCACUCUCAACUGAACCUGAAUCCAUGAGAGAUCAGUGCUGAAGCAAUAAACAUGUUGGGAAUCAUACAACAUGAACUCAUUAGAGAUUUUUUUUUUCUUCAAGUGUUAUUGAAGGAAAAAAAUAACUGCCUUUGGUAAAGUAAUACUUUAUACAGUAUGGAUAAAGAUGUUCUUUUGGUAGUUAAUAAAAUUAUUCAUUCUGAGCAAUAAACACAUGCUUUACUGCA